GUAGAUAAUUUUCGACAAAUUCCAAAUCUUAUCAAUUUUAUCAAUAUAUCUAAAUAUCAAUAAAAAUUUCGACAAUUGCUGUUUCAUACUUAAAUAAGUUAUCAAUAAUUAUUUUUUUCUCAACAUGUCAAUAUCAAAAAUUAAUAGUUUAAAUUCUUCAUUUAAUUUUCAAAAUUAUGAUAACAAUUAUUCUGAAACUGAAAAUGAAGAUACAUUACAAAAUUCAUUUCUGUCUUGGGAUGCAUUUAAAUAUUUUCCAUUAAAAAAAAAAAAUGCAUCCAUGCAAAAUAAAAAAUGGUUGAAUGUUUCUAUACAAAUUAUUAAAAUAUUUAUGUAUGGUAUUCUUUACUGUACUAUUUUUUGUAGUGGUUUAAUUAUUAAAUUUAUGUUCAUUUUUGCUAUAUCACAACUUAAAGAUGAAAAAUCUAUACAAUUUUGUGAUUAUUAUUCAAAAUAUGAUCAAAAAUUAGAAGCAAGAAUUUCUAAGAAAGGCAAAGUAAUUUGGACUUGGCAUAUUAUUUUUAUGUUUGUUAUACCAGAAUUUUUUACUAUAUUUCAUGCGAUAUGGAAUUUCUUUUUCAAAAAAAAACUAAAAUUACCUAAGAAACAAAAUAUUUUAAUUCUUUUUUUUUUGGAAACACUCCAUUCAAUUGGUAUAGCAUUAUUAAUUUUUUAUAGUCUUCCAAAACUUAAUUCUAUAGAUGUUGCUGCAAUUUCUAGUUGUAUUUGUUUUAUUCCUACUUUUUUAAAUUUAUUUACUCAACAUCACAAAUAUUCAAGUGAAAUUAUCAUAUUCGUAUUAGUUCUAAUAAUCAAUGUUUUAGCACUAAUUGCUCAAGGUUUAGGAAUUAUUUUAUAUUCUAUUUUAAAUAAUGCACAAGAUCCUCUAACAUGGAUUCUUCCUAUUUCACUCUUAUUAUCUUCUUGUCGCUGGUGGUAUAAUUAUAUAUCUCUUUAUAGUUAUUUAGAUUUUAUAAAAUCAUUAGCAAGAAAUAAAACAGAUUUAUCAAAUAAUUGUUAUCUAUUACAAGGAUAUGUAGCAAUUUGGAGAUGUUUUAUUUUUAUUUUAAGUAGUGUAAUAAUUUUAAUUUUUAAAGAAAUUCAAAUACUAGAAUUCUUUGAAUAUAUAUGGCAGAAUACAUAUAACAUAGAACUAAUUCAAAUAUCAAAUUCUUCUCUUAGAGAAAAUGUAUCAUUAUCAAAUUUAUAUGUUAAUGAUAUUGUAGAUAUUAUUGCAGAUUCUUCUGCACCUUUAUAUAGCUUUUUAAUACAAGCAUUUUGUGGUUUUUUUAUAUAUCAAACAGCAAAAUUUGCAUAUCAAACAAAAAUGCAUAAGUUUGGUUUUGCUCUUCCAAUAAGUUUAAUUACUCCAGGAACAAUUUUUUUAAUAAUAAUAUUUUGUAUUUUAAGAAAAGAAGAUGUAUGUGCUUUUCAUAAUAUAAUACCAGAUUAUUUAUUUUUAAAUAUGCCUACAUAUAAUAAUAUAAGAGAAUUUCUUAUAAAUUGGCGUGUUUGGUGUUGGUCUAUGUGCUGGUUAUCACAGAUUUGGAUUACAAAGCAACUUUGGUUUGAUGAAAAUGAAAAACUCGCUUCUGUAGAAAAAAUUUUCUAUCAAUCUAGUUAUGAUUCAUUUCUGAUUGAUCAAUUUUUGGGAUUAAAUAAGAAAAUACAUGAAAAUCAUAUUAUAGAAGAAGAAGAAUUUUCAAAUAUUACAGAAUUUAAGAUUAGUAAUUCAAAAAUGCAAAAUUUGAAUAAUUCUUAUUCAACAAUUUCUAAGAAUGAUUUAAACAACAAAAGAAUUAAUAAUGUUACUCAAAUUUAUGUUUGUGCAACUAUGUGGCAUGAAGAUAAAAAAGAAAUGAAUAAAUUAAUUGGAAGUAUCCUAAGAUUAGAUAAAGAUCAGUGUGCUAUGAAAGUUACACAAAAAUAUUACAAAAUUUUUAUCAAUGAUUAUUAUGAACUUGAAACACAUAUAAUAUUUGAUGAUGCAUUUUGUUGUAUGCAUGACUGUAUUGGAUUUUGUAAUCAUAAUGAAAAUGAAACACAAGUAAAUGAAUAUGUAACAACAUUUAUAGAAACAAUGCAGGAAAAUAUAAAGGAUCUUGGUAUACUUUAUUUACCACCUACUAAAUAUCCAACACCUUAUGGUGGUCAACUUAUUUGGAAUUUACCUGGAAAGACAUAUCUAAUAGUACAUCUUAAAGAUAAAAAUAAAAUUAGACAUAGAAAACGAUGGAGUCAGGUCAUGUAUAUGUAUUAUUUUCUUGGAUAUCGUUUAAUGAGUACAUCAAUAGAUGUUGAUACUAAAGAAUUAAUGGCACAGAAUACUUAUAUUUUAACUUUAGAUGGAGAUGUUGAUUUUCAUCCAAGUGCUGUUAAAUCAUUGUUAGAUUUAAUGAAGAAAGAUAAAGAAUUAGGUGCAGCUUGUGGAAGAAUACAUCCAAUAGGAAAAGGUCCCAUAAUUUGGUUUCAAAAAUUUGAAUAUGCUAUGGGACAUUGGCUUCAAAAAUCAACAGAACAUACAAUAGGCUCUGUUCUUUGCAGUCCAGGCUGCUUUUCACUUUUUAGAAUAAAAGCUUUAAUGCAACAUAAUGUCAUAGCUAAAUAUGCAACAAAAUCAACUGAACCCAGACAUUAUAUUCAAUAUGAUCAAGGAGAAGAUAGGUGGCUUUGUACAUUAAUUUUACAAGCUGGUUGUAAAGUAGAAUAUUGUGCAGCAAGUGAUGCUUAUACACAUGCUCCAGAAUCAUUUAAAGAAUUUUAUAUUCAACGUCGACGAUGGAUUCCUUCAACUAUGGCUAAUAUUUUUGAUUUAUUAGAUAAUUCAAAAGAGACCAGAAAAUUAAAUGAUAAUAUUUCUUGGUUUUAUAUAACUUAUCAAUGGAUUUUAACAGGUAGCACAAUUAUAGGACCAUCUUUUAUAUACUUAAUGAUGGUUGGAGCAUUUGUAACUUCUUUUCAAUUAGAUAACUGGUUAAGUUUCUGGUAUAAUUCAAUUCCAAUCAUUAUUUUUAUUUUAAUAUGUUUUUUUUGUCAAGAACGCAUACAGCUUAUAGCAGCAGAAGUUAUUACUAUUAUAUAUGCUUUAGUAAUGAUAGUUGUAUUAGUUGGAAUAAUACUACAAAUUGCAACAGAUGGAUAUUUUACACCUAAUACUCUUUUAUUUUUUAUUGUGAUUAGUCAAUUUAUAAUAACAGCUUUUUUGCACCCUCAAGAAUUAUCAUGUUUACCUAAUGGAAUCAUUUAUUAUAUUACUGUACCUUCUAUGUACAUGUUACUAAUUAUUUUUUCUAUUUUCAAUUUACAUAAUAUUACAUGGGGAACCAGAGAAUCAAAAUCAAAACAAAUAUUAGAACAACAAAGUUUAAAAAAAUCUCAAUGUGAACAAGAGAAAACUACAAACAAGUGGACAAAAUCUUAUUUAUCUCAUUUAUUUCAAUGUACAUUUUAUACACACAAAAAUUCAAAAGAAAUAGAAAAAUAUUUAGAAUACAUUUAUAAUUCUAUAAAUGAAAUUAAUUUUCGUUUAAAACAAAUAGAAAGCAAUGUACUAAAAAGUAAUAUAGAAAAUAGAGAUAAUGAUGUUAUCAAUAUAUCAAACGAAAAUAUAGAAGAAAAAAAUAAUCAAAAUAAAACAUAUAAUGAAGAAAUAAAAUUACAAGUAUUUGAAAACUUAAGUAGAAAUAUAGAUUCUGAAAUUGAAAUUUCAGAAGAUACCUUUAUUAAUGAUUAUCAAGAAAAUUCAAAUUACUUAAUAAAUCCUUAUUGGCUACAAGAUGAAUGUUUAAAGAAUGGAAAAGUAGAUUUUCUUUCUUUUGAAGAAGAAGAAUUUUGGAAACAAUUGAUUAAAAAAUAUUUAUUUCCUAUUGAAAAUGAUAUAAAAAAACAACAAAAUAUUACAAAGGAAUUGGUAAAUAUACGUAAUGAAUAUCUUUUAAAAUUUUUUAUGAUAAAUAUAACAUUUAUAGCAGCAAUAUUUUUAUUGCAAAUAAACAAAGAUAUUUUGCGUUUCCAAUGGCCAUUUGCUAUUCUAUAUAAUAUCACCUAUGUUGAUGAAUAUGAAAUACAUAUAUAUAAAAAAUAUAUGCAUUUGGAACCAAUUGGAUGUCUUUUCAUUAUUGCAUUUGUUUUUAUUUUAUCAAUUCAAUUUUUAGCUAUGUUGCAUCAUCGUUUAAAUACAUUUGUCCAUGUACUUGCUAAUAUAAAAUUAAAUUUAUUUUAUCCUAUUAAGAAGAAAGAUAUAUCAAAUGAUAUUGGUAUUCAUGCAAAAAACAUAGCUGAAAAUCUCCAAAAUACAAUAGAUACUGAGAGAAUAUUUCAUUUAAAAGACAAUGCAUUUUCUUCUGGAAAACGUAAAACUGUUAGAGAAUUAAUAGAAGAUAAUCAAAAUUCUUCAAAAAGGCUUUCCAAUUUUGAAAUACUUUUUCGUAAACAAUUACAGGAAAUUGAUAUAUCUGGAUUUUCUAAAACAAUAUCUUCAAACAUAUCAAAAGAUGUAUUGGAAAUAAAACGUCAUUCAAAUAUUUUAACAGAAAAUAAAUCACAAUUGGAAAAUAAUAUACCUAAUGAUAGUAUAGAAAAGAAAAAAUUAUCAAAACACUAUAUAUAUGAUAAUCCAACAUUUUUAAAUGACACUAAUAAAUAAAUUUAUGUACUAUAUUCUUAUUAAUAUUAUUUAUAUUACAUAUAUUUAUAUUCAUAUUUAUAUUACAUUAAAUAAUAAUAAUUAAAAAAUAAUUAAUAAUAUUAAUUAAAUAAUUAAAAAAUUUAUGUUGUAUAAUCAAUACAAGAAAAAUUUAAUUAUUAUUUUAAUAUAAAUAAAUAAACUAUCAAUCAUAAAUUUUC